UCCAGGUCCGGAGUUGUUGAAGGGGCAUGAUGGGCUCCAGGACUCAGUGGAUUAACACCUAGUGCACUGGUCUAGAUAGGACUGGCUGUGUCCCAAGGAGCAGAGAAGCGUUGGUGGAGAUGGGAAGUUGCCUUCUUGGACAAUAUUGGCCCUUCUCUCCUCAUUUACUGCCCUUCUCUCUGGUCUCAUUUCCUCCCUUCUUUCUUCUCCUUUUCUUCCUCUCCCCCAUCCCCACCAGGCCUGAGCAUUUAGGUUGUCCCUAGGGAGUCUGGGCUGGAUUCCCCAGAGAGCUGGGGUGCUCAGGAGAGCCUUCAGUGAGAGCCCAAAGGCACCCCACAUGCCAGCAGCUCUGGUAUCUUUGAGUGGAAGUGGCCAUACCUGCAGUUGGAUGGCUGAAGAGACAGUCCCUGCCCAGAAUAUGCAAUUCUUUGAUCUUCAGGACUUUUUCCUGAGCCCUCACCAACCUCUUUGGACAUCUUCUUGGGCAGGUAGGCGGGAUUUCAUCCUUCUGCGCCACCUGAGGGUCUCCAAAGAAGGGCGGCAAAGAGAGCGUCCAUGACCUCUGCCCUCCGCUUUCCAGAGCUCCAGUUCUUUCCCCAGAGGUACCUGCUAGGAUGGAUGGAGCUGGCCAGGGCAGAGAAGAGGUUUCCACUCAGACCCCUGCCAGGUGGCCCGAGGCAGCCGGGAUGACAGUUCUCCCCAGGAACCCUGCUACCUUCUGAGGAACAUGAUCAGCAAGUCCCCUCCUCUGUGCAUGUGUCCUGUAGGCUGGAAGCUCCUGGCCAUGCUGGCUCUGGUCCUGGUUGUCAUGGUGUGGUAUUCCAUCUCCCGAGAAGACAGAUACAUUGAGCUUUUUUAUUUUCCCAUCCCGGAGAAGAAGGAGCCAUGCUUUCAGGGUGAGGCAGAGAGGAAGGCCUCCAAGAUCUUUGGCAACCACUCCCGAGAUCAUCCCCUCUUCCUGCAGCUUAAGGAUUAUUUCUGGGUCAAGACGCCAUCUGCCUAUGAGCUGCCUUACGGGACCAAAGGAAGUGAAGACCUACUCCUUCGGGUGCUAGCCAUCACCAGCUACUCCAUACCUGAGAGCAUCCAGAGUCUCAAAUGCCGCCGCUGUGUGGUGGUGGGGAAUGGCCACCGGCUGCGGAACAGCUCGCUGGGAGAGUCCAUCAACAAGUACGAUGUAGUCAUCAGAUUGAACAAUGCCCCAGUGGCUGGCUAUGAGGGUGAUGUGGGCUCCAAGACCACCAUGCGUCUAUUCUACCCGGAGUCUGCCCACUUUGAUCCCAAAGUGGAGAACAACCCAGACACACUUCUGGUCCUGGUAGCUUUCAAGGCGAUGGACUUCCACUGGAUUGAGACCAUUCUGAGUGACAAGAAGCGGGUGCGAAAAGGUUUCUGGAAACAGCCUCCCCUGAUCUGGGAUGUCAACCCCAAACAGGUUCGGAUUCUCAACCCUUUCUUCAUGGAGAUUGCAGCUGACAAGCUCCUGAGCCUUCCCCUACAACAGCCACGCAAGAUCAAACAGAAGCCGACCACGGGCUUAUUGGCCAUUACCCUGGCCCUCCACCUCUGUGAUUUGGUGCACAUUGCUGGCUUUGGCUACCCAGAUGCCUAUAACAAGAAGCAGACCAUUCACUACUAUGAACAGAUCACACUCAAGUCCAUGGCGGGGUCAGGCCACAAUGUCUCCCAAGAGGCCUUGGCCAUCAAGCGGAUGCUGGAAAUUGGAGCUGUCAAGAACCUCACAUACUUCUGACUCGGCAGGCGAGACCUUAAACCUAUGGGUGGCUCAUUGUGCUGCCCGGAUGAGCCCCAUCUGUGGCCAUGGGUGCUUUGUGCCAGCACUACCCACUUGGACUCAGCCUUCACUGAUAGGGAGGGCGUCGCGGGACUGGCCAGAUCUGAAACGAGGCCAUGCCCCUGGCUGCUCUUGUGGGGCCCAGAUCCAGCCAGGGUAGAGGCACUGAGGCCUCAGAGCCUGGCCAAGCCAGGGGACGUGUUGCCAAGGCAAAUGCUCUCUGCCAGCACCAAGAGAUUAUUUAAUGGGCUAUUUAAUUAAGGGGUAGGAAUGUGUUGUGGGCUGGUCCCAUGGCAUCCAGAAAAGGGGCACGGUACCGUGUUCUGCCCACUUUUUAUAAAAACUUACGUGUGCUGGGCCCACCAAGGCCCAGACCCAGAGUCAGCCUCCCAGGUGGAUGGGGGCAUUGGACGUUGGUGAGUGUCCUCCGGAGAGGGGCUGCUACCUCCCAGCAGGCAUGGGAAGGGCACUGGUGAGGGGGCUCCACCGAGAAGGGAACCUCAGCGUGAAGAGAGGUUUCAAACCUACCAUUAAAAUAUUUUUUCCUAAAACUGAA